AUGGCCUGGAGUUUCCGCGGGAAAGCCCAGCUUGGAGGACUGCUCCUCUCUCUCCUCGGCUGGGUCUGCUCCUGUGUCACCACCAUCCUGCCUCAGUGGAAAACUCUCAGUCUGGAACUGAACGAAAUGGAGACCUGGAUUAUGGGGCUUUGGGAGGUCUGCGUGAAUCAGGAGGACGUUGCCGUGUGCAAGGCCUUUGAGUCCUUCUUGUCUCUGCCCCAGGAGCUCCAGGUAUCCCGCAUUCUCAUGGUAGCCUCCCAUGGGCUGGGGCUACUGGGGCUUCUGCUCUCUGGCUUUGGGUCCGAAUGCUUCCAGUUUCACAGGAUCAGAUGGGUCUUUAAGAGGCGGCUUUGCCUUCUGGGAGGGACUUUGGAAGCAUCAGCUUCAGCCACUACCCUCUUUCCAGUCUCUUGGGUGGCCUAUGCUACAAUCCAAGACUUCUGGGAUAACAGCAUCCCUGAGAUUGUGCCUCGCUGGGAGUUUGGAGAUGCCCUCUACCUGGGCUGGGCUGCUGGGAUUUUCCUGGCCCUCGGCGGGUUAUUCCUCAUCUUCUCAGCCUGUCUGGGAAAAGAAGAUGUGCCCUCUCUCCAGAUGGCUGGCCCUACAGCCCCACCAUUCUAUGCCGCAGCAGACGAGUCCAGUGAUUCCUUCUAUCUAACAACAAGACCUAGGAACCUAUUCAUCUAG